UGAUAGUCAGGUGUGGUUUUGAUUUCAGUCAUUAUACCCCAGAAUAAAAGGGCAUAUCAGCUUUACAAAUCACUUUUAAACAGCACAGUACUGCUUACUGUAUGCUAACUUAGGUUUACUGGUAAGUCUUAGCAGCAGAGCCUUUAUUCUGCUUCUGAUCUAACCCUUUUCGUAAAGAUGAUCCACUUCUGGCUUAGUCUUGCUAUGGUCAUGGGUGCAUUUCUUUUCUGGAAAUGGAGGCGACCUGCAAACUUUCCACCUGGACCCUGGGCUCUGCCUAUCAUUGGAAACUUCCUGCAACUGAACUACAAAAAUCCACUGCCAGACCUUGAAAAGCUGGCAAAAAAAUAUGGGAAUGUCUACAGCAUAUUUCUAGGAAAUAGAUUAAUAGUCGUAUUGAGUGGCUUUCAGGCUGUGAAAGAAGCUUUGGUGAACCAUGCUGCUGAAUUUUCAGACAGGCCAGAAGACCCAUUGUUUGUAAGGAUCAGUGAAAAGAAAGGUGUUAUUGCAGCCACUUAUGGACAGCAAUGGAAGGAACAGAGAAGAUUUGUCUUAAUGCUACUACGAAAUUUUGGCCUCGGGAAAAAGUCAAUGGAAAUGAAAAUCCAAGAAGAGGCAAAAUGUUUACUUAACUAUUUUGAGAGCAGGAAGGGCUGUCAGUUUGAUCCAAAGGUAGUAAUCAACAAUGCAGUUUCCAAUAUCAUCUGCUCCAUUUUAUUUGCUCAACGAUUUGACUACCACAAUAAUACAUUCAGCAGGCAACUUGAACUCAUUGAUGAAAAUGGAAAACUUGGUGGUGGAAUAUGGGCAGAGCUGUACAACACAGUGCCUAUUAUAAGAUGUCUUCCUCUUCCAUUUCAAAAAAUUUUCAGGAACACUUCGGAGAUCAAAGGUUUUCUGAAGAAGAUUGUAGAGGAACACAAAAAUACUCUAAAACCAGGAGAACCCAGAGACAUUGUGGACUGUUAUUUAGAAGAAAUUAAUAAAAGAAGAAAUGAUGGUUCCUCCUUUGAUGAAGAAAAUCUUCGCAUGCUUAUGUUUGAUUUGUUUGUAGCUGGAACAGACACCACAACAAACACUUUGAGAUGGGCAUUACUGUUAAUGAUGGCUUAUCCUAAUGUUCAAGAGAAUUGUUAUAGGGAAAUUGCAUCCAUUGCUAGUGGGAAGGAGUUUGUGUCUUAUGAUGACAGACUAAGGAUGCCUUUUACACAUGCUGUUGUUCACGAAGUCCUGCGUUUUGGAAAUAUAGUUCCUCUUGGUGUCCCUCACAGCAUAUUAAAAGAAACAUCAUUUAGAGGAUAUACCAUUCCUCGGGGUACCAGGGUAAUGACAGAUUUGAACUCUGUCCUUCAUGAUGAAACUCAGUGGAAGUUCCCCCAUGAAUUUAACCCGGCCAACUUCCUCAAUGAAAAGGGAGAGUUUAUAAAGCAUGAAGCAUUUAUACCAUUUUCAACAGGUCCGAGGAUUUGCUUAGGUGAGAACUUAGCUCGGAUGGAAACAUUCCUCUUCUUAACAUCUUUACUGAAAAAGUUUGAAUUCUCUUGGCCUGAAAAAUCUAUUGCACCCAACCUCAUACCCAGGUUUGGAAUAGUACAAUCUCCGUAUCCUUUCAAAGUGGGACUGAAAGGAAGAUGGAACAAUUAAGAGAGAAGAACAUUUUAAAAUUAUUAUUUUAAUUAAUUGUUACUGACAUUUCUGAGUAAAACUUAACCAUGGAUACUGUUUAGUUUUCUUACAAAAAAAUCAAAUAAAAUAAAGCUGGAAUAAUUCAGAAUGUUAUUUUUGUAAAGAUGAAUGUCUAAGUUGUUUUUAUUGCUACAGUUCCAUUUUUGCCCAGGUCUGAAUAUGUAUAAAUCUUUUAGUGAGAGCUUUUAAAGAUAAAACAAAUGAUAAAGCGUUCCAUGUUUGUUCAUCGUUGGACAGUUUAACAAAACUAGUUUUAUUUUUGAAAAUUGUAAAAAUAUUGUUAUUAAAAUGUUUUGUAAUAUUUGGAGCUUUUCUACCUGG